AUGGACGUGAUGCUGGAGCAGCAGCAGCCACCUGCAGGGGCAGGGGCCUCCUCGACUGGCUCGACAUCUCCUCGCCUCCAUGUACACAUACAUGAAACCACCCUCAUGCCGCCGUCUCCGUCAUCGCCGAAGACCUCGCUCCCGCUCACCUUCUUCGACGUCUUCUUUCUUCGCUCCUCGCCCAUCGAGCGCCUCUUCCUCUACCGUCUCGCCCCUGAUGUCGACAUCGCCGCCAUCAUCUCCAACCUCCAGGACUCGUUGCACCAGGCCCUCCACGCCUUCUACCCGCUCACCGGCCGCGUCCGCCUCAUCCCCGGCACAUUCGACCGCUACGAGCUGCACUACCGCCCGAGUGACGACGCUGUCACCUUCACCAUCACCGAGUGCGACGACAACGAUGACAUGGACACGCACUUCAACGGCCUCACCACCGACAAGUUGUGGGGGGUUGCCAAGAUUGCCAUGCUUGUGCCACCGCUGCCCAAGGGCGGCCAUCUGCUCGCCGUUUAG